AGUGGCUGUCUUUGAAGGCGGAUCUUUUGGCAGGUUGGACCGGGACCGAGGCGGCUCCGAGCAGCUCAGCUCAGACAAGCGCUGCCACCAAACGCAUCAACAGCACGCCUCCCAGGAGCGCCAGCCGCUCCAUACUACUUGUGGCCAACGUGUGAUAUUAUCGCUAAGGAUGUUUAUUUGAGUCGGACGUCAUUAUUUGUGACCCGCCAAAAAAGCAAGGGCGGAGGGAAAAAAAAGGAAAAAGCAGGGGAGGCGCUCUACUUGUACUCUGAGUGAGGCUCUUCCAACUUCUUGCGCUGGGACGGGAGGCACGCCGCUGCAGACAGCGCUGGACGGAAAACUCGCACGAAACGAGAGGAUGGAGUGCUCGGACUUUUGCGUGUGAUUUCUCUUGGAAUGCAUGGUCAAAGAGAUUUUUUUUAUGGACACAUUUGAGGCUUUUGGAGAUUCACGCCAUGAAAAUUGAGUGAAGACACAUGCUGCAACUCUUGAAUCACAAACAGGGUGUCCGACAGCAUGGGCUGCAACGCACUCUCUCUUCUGCAAAACUCUGUUUUUGGACCAAUGUGGGAUUUAUGUUUUUAUUGAAGUUUGGCGGGCAAGGUGGUCUUGCAACAGAAAGCGGCGUAAGUUCAGCCACUCUGAUUUGGUUUCAUAAAAGACUUUGCAGUUGUAUAAGAUAACCAAUGAUGGACAGUUUGUUUAUUGUUUUUCAAUUCAAGUAGUGAGGAUGUGUUCAAUUUCAAACCCGAGCCUUAUACUGUUCAUUUUGCUGGUGCAAUGCAUCAGCGAGGGCUCAGCCAUUAGCUCCGUUGACCCAGACUGGCCAGGAGAGGGGAAAUGUCAACAAAUCAGCAUCCCCCUGUGUAAGGACAUUGGCUACAACAUGACCCGCAUGCCAAAUCUCAUGGGGCACGACAACCAAAAAGAAGCAGCCAUGAAGCUGCAAGAAUUUGCAACGCUGAUCCAGUUUGGAUGUCACAGUCAUCUCAAAUUUUUCCUUUGUUCGCUUUAUGCCCCCAUGUGUACUGAGCAAGUGUCCAACCCCAUCCCUGCUUGCAGAGUGAUGUGUGAACAGGUCAAAGUGAAAUGCUCACCCAUUUUGGAACAGUUCAACUUCCCCUGGCCGGACUCAUUGGAUUGCUCACGUCUACCCACCAAAAACGACCCCAACUACCUCUGCAUGGAGGCGCCCAACAACGGCUCGGAUGAGCUUCCCAAAGUCUCGCACACCCAGCCGCCGGAUUUCCGACUGCACCGUCCCCUAAACGGAGCGGAUCUGCACCCGAAGGACACCGGCAGCAGGAAGCCGUGCAGCAACUCUGGCAAGUUCCACUAUGUCGAGAAAAGCGAGUCGUGUGCCCCAAAAUGUUACCCGAGGGUGGAUGUCUACUGGAGUCAAGGGGACAAGCAGUUUUCCUUGGUAUGGAUGGCCAUCUGGUCCAUCCUGUGCUUUGUCUCCAGCGCUUUCACCGUGCUUACAUUCCUCAUUGACCCCCAGCGCUUCAAAUACCCAGAGAGGCCCAUCAUCUUCCUUUCUAUGUCCUACUGUGUUUACUCUGUGGGCUACCUCGUCCGACUUUUUGUGGGAGCCGACAGAAUCGCGUGCGACAGGGACAACGGGGUCCAAUACGUCAUCCAGGAGGGCCUGGAGAGCACCGGCUGCACUAUUGUGUUCUUGAUCUUGUAUUAUUUUGGCAUGGCAAGCUCCCUUUGGUGGGUGAUCUUGGCCCUCACGUGGUUUCUGGCCGCUGGAAAGAAGUGGGGUCACGAAGCCAUCGAGGCCAACAGCAGCUACUUCCACCUCGCGGCGUGGGCCAUCCCGGCUGUGAAGACCAUCAUGAUCCUGGUGAUGAGGAAGGUGGCGGGGGAUGAGCUGACAGGUGUGUGCUAUGUGGGCAGCAUGGACGUCAAAGCUCUCACAGGCUUUGUACUCAUUCCUCUCUCCUGCUACCUUAUCACGGGCACCUCCUUUCUCCUGUCUGGCUUUGUGGCUCUUUUCAACAUAAGGAAGAUUAUGAAAACAGAGGGGGAGAACACAGACAAGCUGGAGAAGUUGAUGGUUCGUAUCGGGGUCUUUUCUGUGCUUUAUACCGUCCCGGCCACUUGUGUCAUCGCCUGCUACUUCUACGAGCGACUCAACAUGGACUACUGGCGCGUGGUUGCGAUGAAGGACAAGUGUAAGGACAACGGCGUACAAGAGUCCGAGUGCCUUUUGACGACGUCCAUCCCCGUCGUUGAGGUUUUCAUGGUGAAGAUCUUCAUGCUGUUGGUAGUGGGCAUCACCAGUGGCAUGUGGAUCUGGACCUCCAAGACCCUCCAGUCGUGGCAGAACGUGUUCAGCAGGAAACUGCGAAAGAGAACGCGAAGGAAGGCAAGCAGUGUGUUCACCAGCAGCCGGCCAUACAUGAAACCUCACCCGUCUCUCAAAGGGCACACCUCUAAGUAUGAACCCACGCGGCCCCCUCCCACAUGCGUAUGAGCUGGCUCUUUUCCUGUGUAUGACCCCCCCCAACACUUUGAAAACCCUUACCACGAGACAUUUUAUUCAAGAGUGCCAUGAUGUAUUUAUGCAAGCUGCAUUUAAUAUCAUGCAACACGUUUUUUUGUUGUAUCUCGAACAAGAGCUGCCUUUGUUUGUGAAAAAAAAAUGCUUCUCUUCUGUUAUCCAGCUGAGGAUCCUGGUGGAGAAAAAAAAAAGUGCUGUUUCAAUUAUGAGAAAAGGAGUGGAAUAACCAAUUGAGCUGCGCCAUGAGGUUAUUUGAAUAAUGUGCAAUAGAUGUUUUGCUUCCACGCGGCAAAGACACUUGUACUGUUUAGUGGAAGAUUACAGACGAAGAAAGGACCCCAGAGACAAUGGAGGCAAAUGGUCAGAGAUGAGUGUUGUGUUUAGAGGCUUUUUAAUGGAAAUGGAGCCAGGCGUCAUAUAUGUUUGAACUGAGAGCGAGAACAGCUGCUGAAAAGCAGCCCAGACCUUCUCCACUGCCUUUUGUGAGGCAAAUCCAUGCUGUAAAUUAAUUAAGCACUCUGUAUUGAAAAGUUGUUUGUGCGCGCUAUUGCGUUUUCAGUUGCUGUUUUAUAGCUCAAGAAAAUGUUUGUAUGUAUUUCUAAAACUGCAGAUUUUAUUAAAAAAACGUUCUAGUUUUAAAUGCUGGUCAACCUUG